AUGCUUGCUAUAUCGCGACUCGGUGUCUCCGACUCUCCGGUCUCGCCAAUCGCUAUCCACCGCAGCAGCCAACACUCACCGGAAAUCAGUGAAGUAAAAUUGAGAUCAAAAUCUGAUGGAGAUGAGCUGUUUUCUUCUCCGAUUAAGGAUCGCGAUAAAGAUUUUGGGGGAAAAAUGAGUUCUUUUUCAAUUACAAGGAAAAAGACACCUUUUCAAAAGCACCGUGAAGAAGAAGAGGCAAAGAAAAAGAGAGCUGAGGAUGAAACAGCUCGUCUAUAUGCUGAGUUUCUGGAAUCAUUUCAAGGGGAUGAUGCACCUGGAUUAAAAGCCUUUGUCAGAGGAGGAACAGUUAAUGAUGAGAAAGUGAAGCCUGAUACAGGUGGAAAUUCCAAAGAUGUAUCUGGUUCAAAGAAGGGGAGUAGGUAUGUUCCUUCUUUCAUCCCCCCUCCUAUGGCAACCAAGGGUAAAGAUCAUGAAAAACAGAAAGAGGAGGAGAGGUCAAAGGAGAAAGGGAAAGGGAAGCCUAGGAAUAUAGACUAUUUUAUGGAGGAGUUGAAACAUGAACAAGAAAUGAGAGAAAGACGAAACCAAGAACGUGAACAAUGGCAUGAUGGGCGUCAGACUGCUACUUCAACUCUAUCUACUCGAUUUGAUGAAUUGCCUGAUGAAUUUGAUCCGAGUGGAAAGCUUGGAUCUUUUGAUGAUGGGGAUCCUCAAACCACCAAUCUUUAUGUUGGGAAUCUUUCACCUCAGGUAGAUGAAAAUUUUCUGUUGCGUACAUUUGGAAGAUUUGGACCUAUUGCUAGUGUGAAGAUCAUGUGGCCAAGAACAGAAGAGGAACGCAAAAGACAAAAAAACUGUGGUUUUGUGGCUUUUAUGAAUCGUGCAGAUGGACAAGCUGCAAAAGAUGAAAUGCAAGGGGUGAUUGUUUAUGAUUAUGAGUUGAAUAUUGGGUGGGGAAAAUCGGUUUCCCUCCCUUCUCAAUCACUCCCUGCUCCUCCUCCAGGACAAAUGGCCAUCAGGAGUAAAGAGGGUGCCACUGUAAUCUUGUCUGGUCCAUCUGGUCCUCCUGUUACUUCUGUCCCAAGUCAGAAUUCUGAGUUGGUUCUUACUCCGAAUGUGCCAGAUAUAACUGUUGUAUUGCUUGAAGAUAUUCGUCUUCGAAAAGUAAUUGAUACAAUGGCUCUUUAUGUUCUUGAUGGAGGUUGUGCUUUUGAGCAAGCUAUAAUGGAGAGGGUUCGUGGGAAUCCUCUUUUUAGUUUCUUGUUUGAACUUGGCUCUAAGGAACAUACUUACUAUGUUUGGAGGCUCUAUUCCUUUGCUCAGGGUGAUACUUUGCAUAGGUGGCGAACUGAACCUUUCAUCAUGAUAACUGGUAGUGGGAGAUGGGUACCUCCUGCUUUGCCAACAGCCAAGAGUCCAGAAAAUGAGGAAACUGGAGCCACAUUUGCUGCUGGAAGAAGCAGGCGUGUUGAGACUGAACGUACACUAACUGAUGCACAAAGAGAUGAAUUUGAAGACAUGCUUCGUGCCCUAACAUUAGAAAGAAUUCAAAUCAAAGAAGCAAUGGGUUUUGCAUUAGAUAACGCUGAUGCUGCUGGAGAGAUAGUUGAAGUUUUGACAGAGUCUUUGACUCUUAAAGAAACACCAAUACCCACUAAAGUUGCAAGGCUUAUGCUUGUGUCAGACAUUCUUCACAAUAGUAGUGCUCCUGUAAAGAAUGCAUCUGCUUACAGAACCAAAUUUGAAGCAAAUUUGCCUGAUAUACUUGAGAGCUUCAAUGACUUGUAUAGGGGUAUCACUGGAAGAAUCACUGCUGAGGCACUUAAGGAACGAGUUUUGAAAGUUCUUCAAGUAUGGGCGGACUGGUUCUUAUUUUCUGACGCAUACGUAAACGGUUUACGCGCCACAUUUCUCAGAUCUGGCAACUCCGGUGUUCUCCCAUUCCAUUCCAUUUCCACCGACACCCCAGAAACCGAACACAACCCCAAUUCCAACGACAUCGGAAUCACCAAUUCCGACGCGGCAUUAGCCAUAGGCAAAAGCGCCGCCACAAAAGAACUAAUGAGUCUCCCUCUUUCCGAACUGGAAAGACGAUGCCGCCACAACGGUUUAUCCCUAAUUGGCGGCCGAGAAGUGAUGGUUGCACGGUUGCUUUAUUUAGAAGAGUCGGAAAAACAAAGGGGUUAUGAGAUAAACGAUAAUUUGAAAUAUUCAAAUGUACGGAAUCCGAGAGAGAGUAAUGUUGAUUCCGGCCCUGUGGGGUUUUCAGGAAGGAAUCAUGAGGUUUUGUCAGAAGGGAGAGGUUCGGAAUCGUUGAUUCCGAUUCCGAUUCCGAUUCCGCAGACUGAGUUGAAACAGUUUUCUAAUAAAAUGAAAAGUGAUUCUGUAUUACCUGUUUCUAAGUGGGCUAGAGAUGAUGAUGAAAGUGAUGAUGAACAUAAGAGAAGUACUAAAGAUCUUGCUUUAGGUUAUUCAUCUUCUGGAAGUGAGAAUACUGGUGGUGGUGGUGGCCACGCUGAGGUGGCAGAGCCGCUAAGUAAUGCUAACAUUUUCUCCGAUAGUGGGCUGAGUGAAGAGAAGAGACAAAAGUUGAGACAAAUUGAGGUUGCUUUGAUUGAAUAUCGUGAAGUUUUAGAAGAAAGGGGAAUGAAAAACAAAGAAGAAAUUGAAAAGAAAGUUGCAGCUCAUCAGAAACAGCUACAAUAUAAAUACGGCUUAACAGAUUCCAAUGAAAAUGCAUCAAACAGGUUAUCAUCUACAGACAGAAGGGAUAAAAGAGACAAUUCGCGUGAAUCUUCUAGAAAGCGUCACCGGAGUCAUCGUGGUGGCAGUGAAAGCCCACCACCACCAAAGUCAUCAAGUAGAGACAGGGAGAAAGAACGAGACUAUGACAGAGAUAAACGCAGAGAUAGAGACAGGGAUAACAGGAGAAGAAUGAGCUGAGUCAAGAAUGCAUGAUGAUGAUGAUGAUGAUGAUGUAUGUGGUGUUUUGUAUGGUGGGAGAAAAAGUAUGGGGUGCAUGUCAUUUGGUCAUGUGGUACAAUUGAAUGAUGAAUCUUAUUUGGUGUAUAAACGACAUGGUUAUUACUUUUUGUUUUGGAAUGAGACUAAUUGGUUUGGUUUAUUGCACGUAUGAGAAAAUUCUUGUAUUCGUGUUUUGAAUUAUGAAGCAACAAUGGAAGGUGGAGUGUUACAUGGUCAAAUUCAU